CAGAGGAAGAAGAAGAGGGUUAAGAAGAAGCAUCUCUGUCGAUAACGCUAAACUGGACUUCUCCCAAAUAUUAAUGUUAAAAUGUAGGGCGGCGGAUAAUAUCUUUGACAUUUAUGCGCUGAUAAGUAUCAUACGUUUUGAGUGUUGUUAAAAAAAAGUGCUCAAAUCUUACACAUCGGACGGUUUUUUAUUGCAUUAUUCUCAUUGUUACCAUAUAUAAUGAUUAUAUUGACCGUCGCUACAUACACCCCGAAAUAAGACGGGGCGUUUAAUUAGCAGCAUUGAGUGGAUAUCUGCUGCUACUUUGUAAACACACUGUAACACUUGAGCCUCAAAUAAUAAAUUGAUAACAUGACUGACCACUUCAACGAACAAUAAGUUACAUUUUUAUACAAUGUUCUAGCUUAUUCGUGUCAAGGCAUGAUUUGUAACAUUACAUUUCCGACAGCAGCGUCAAUUAUUUUGAUUAUUGAGCAAUGGCGUCGACAUGCUGCUAGCUCAGACGGUCAUGCAAUUAAUUCUGUGGCAAAACAUGAAGGGAGAGUUUAAGAGUCUGAUUGUUGACGUAGUGUCAUUGAGUACAUGUGAAAAUUCCAGUACAGUACUAAAUGGAUAAGUAAUGUACAACAAGCUGGGAAGUCAAUUUUAUGUUCAGUAAGCGGAUUCUUCUGUGUAGACUACUAUAUAAAAGCGCAGUUUCAAUUCAUCUACACACUGAAAUGGAGAUCUCUUGUUUUGAGCAUAAGUAGUAAACGGAGGAAUUGGUGUUCAGGAACCAUGAAGAGAGUCAUGAAAAAAUCCAAUUGCUAUUCCAGUCCUUUUUGCCCUAGCAAAAUGAUGAUGAUUCUUCUUCUGAGCUUGGCGUUGAUGUCACUGGCAUUUUUGAAACUGCCUUCCUUUCAUACGGAACUAAAACCUGUGGAAGUGCCAGUAGACAACAAAUACAGAAAGCGUGUCCAUUCCCAUGUCCGGGAGACACUGGACAAAGAAUGCAGACCUUCUUUUGCACGGCAGAGAAUGGAAGCUGAACAUCACGGCUCCAUACCAACAAUAGAUCCUUUUUUGAACAAGAACAUGAAGUUAGAUGAACAAAUAUUCCAGUAUCCUCCACCCUUUGGAUUCCUGGACAUGAAGAACAAACUUGAGGAAGUCUUGAACCUCCUACCAGCUCCUUCUGAACAGAGGCUUGGGGGGCGAGAUUGUCGACGCUGUGUAGUGGUUGGGAAUGGAGGGAUACUGAAAGGAUUAGGACUUGGACAUCUUCUUAAUCGUUUCGAUAUCAUCAUCAGACUGAACAGUGGUCCUCUUCAAGACUUCAGUGCAGAUGUUGGGAACCGCACCACUUUCAGAAUGAGCUACCCUGAAAGCUGCCCGAAGGUCUGGGAAGAUACGGAUCCAGACUUGAAAUAUGUGGCUGUGAUAUUCAAGUCUGUAGACUUCCACUGGCUUCGUGCGAUGAUCAGCAGGACAUCAGUUUCGCUGUGGGACAGGCUGUUUUUCUGGCAGAAUGUGCCAAUGAGCGUUCCAGUCAAGACCUCCCAGUUCCUUCUCCUGAAUCCCCAGAUUAUUCGUGAGAUGGCGUUAGAUCUGCUUAAUUAUCCUGAGCCUAAAAAGCGGCUCUGGAGCUGGGACCAGAAUAUCCCUACAUUAGGGGUUACAGCUCUCAACCUGGCAACAUACAUAUGUGAUGAGGUGAGCCUAGCAGGCUUUGGCUAUAACCUCAGCCAGAAAGAGGUUCCUCUUCAUUAUUAUGACAGCGUCCCCAUGACAACCAUUUUAAAGGAAGCCAUGCAUAAUGUACUGAAAGAGACUGUUUUUCUCAAACGUUUGGUAACCUCAGGCAGUAUUACGGACCUCACAGGUGGGAUACACUGCGGCUUCUGUUAAAACCAAAUGGCCCCUGUAUUUCCAAACACCAUUGUGGGCCAGAUUUUCACAGGAGCCUGAAAGGAAUGGAGUUUUUAAAAAACUUUUAUUAUGAAACACUGCUAAUGCAGCACUACUAAGUAUUUUACUAACCCUGAAACUGUGAUGAUCCUGUGGUCUUUAUCAAAUUGAAUCAUGUUUUAAUUAGAAUUUUAAAGGGUGGUUUACCCAAAAUGAAUACCUACUCACUAUUAACUUUCCCUCAAGUGGUUCCAAACCUUUAUGAGUUUCUUAUAUCUACUGAACACUAAAGAGUAAAGUAUAUUGGUAAUGGGUAGCCAUUGACAUCCAUAGUAAAUAACAAAACAAAAUAGAACAGACCGAGGGUGAGUAAAUGAUGACCGAAUAUUCAUUUUUGGGUGAGCUAGUCUUUAGUUUUAAAAUGUUCUUUGCCAAAUCAAAGAUUUUAAUCAUAUCCUAGUGCUUUUUAAAAUCUCAACAUGCCAAAUUUAGAAAUUUGUCAAUGACAAAAAUGCAGUAAGUCAACGCAAUAUGUGUAUUGUCUCAACAGAUGGAGCAGUUAUAGUUAAACACACUGAAGAGCUAAAUAAUUAUAAACUGCUCAGUUUUUGUUUUGUCCUUCAUGUGUGGUCAUAAAGGUGCAACAAACGUUCCCACACUACAUUUGGCAUGUAUGAAAUGGCUGGAAACUUUGAUGUUUAAUCUGUGUUCUGCAUCCAGACUGAUAAAUGUCAGAUUUCUUCCUCAAGAUGUUCCAAAAAUGAGCAUCUUCUAAAAAGUUCCUAAAGAAAUGUCUGUGAUGGGCUUAAAUUGUCAACUAAACUGACAAUGCUUCUUGAUGAAUUGUAAAAAUCUUACAAAUUAUAGUUUUCUCAAAGCAGUUUAAUAAAAAAGCCACACAUUAGCAUUUCACUGAUAUUUAAGACAAGGCACAGUGUUACUUCUUGCAAUAAUCUUGCUCUUAAUGAAUUUAAAGUAUUAGUGUCCUUUCAUUCCAGUGUGUACAAAUAAAUGCAAUAAA